CUUCCUCUCCACAACGCAGCUUCUCUCCUUUAUAACUCGCUCUGCGCGCCGACAAGGUCUGCUUGAAAGCUUGACGUGCCGUCUUGCGACCUGUAGCCUGGCCUCCGAUAUCACGCUGCUGUCGUAUGAGCUAGUCAGCCAAAGGAGAGGGACUAGCCUCCGCAUUUAUCGCCCCCCGCCGCGAAAGGUUGCGCCUUUCUCUGACAAGCAAAACAAAGUUCAACCUCUCGGCUCCAACUAGCGUUGCCGAUGUCUUAGGCUCUCCAUUUGAGACGGGGUGGACCGUCAGAAACACAGUUCGAAGAUGCCGAAGGACCCAACAGCGCUCGCCAGUGUUGGCGCGUCGGCUAGCCUAUUUUCCCGCAAGGAUGGCACCAAUGCGCCGAUGCGAGGUCUUGUCACCUUCAUUGCUGAUCUUCGCAAUGCCCGGGCACGCGAGCUAGAGGAGAAACGAAUCAACAAGGAGCUGGCUAACAUACGGCAAAAGUUUAAGGAUGGCAAGUUGACUGGCUACGACCGCAAGAAGUAUGUGUGCAAGCUUUUGUACAUAUACAUCUUGGGCUGGAAUGUCGAUUUCGGGCAUUUAGAGGCCGUAAAUCUGGUGUCUAGCACCAAAUAUUCCGAGAAACAGAUUGGCUACUUGGCUGUGACUCUGUUCUUGCAUGAACAGCAUGAGCUCGUCCAUUUGGUUAUCAACAGCAUUAGGAAGGACCUGAAUGACCACAAUGAACUAUUUAAUUGUUUGGCGCUGCAUGCUAUCGCUAACGUGGGUGGGAAGGAGAUGGGAGAGGCCCUGGCAGCAGACGUGCACCGCCUUUUGAUCUCACCAACUUCGAAGUCCUUCGUCAAGAAAAAGGCAGCUCUGACGCUUCUGCGAUUGUACCGCAAGUUCCCGGGUAUAAUACAAUUCGAAUGGGCCGAGCGUAUAAUUUCCAUCAUGGAUGAUCAAGACAUGGGAGUUGCACUCUCUGUGGCAUCGUUGGUCAUUGCACUUGCGCAGGACAAUGCAGAGCAGUACAAGUCAAGCUAUGUCAAGGCCGCACGGCGACUGAAGGCGAUUGUGGUGGACAAUGAAUGCUCCAUUGACUAUCAUUACUACAGAGUACCAUGCCCAUGGAUUCAGGUCAAACUGCUAAAGCUGCUGCAAUACUAUCCUCCCUCUGACGAUAGUCACAUCCAGGAUCUCAUACGAGUAUCGCUGCAGAAGAUCCUCGAUAAUGCCAUGGAGGCGCCCAAGAAUGUGCAGCAGAACAAUGCUCAGAAUGCCGUUCUCUUCGAAGCGAUCAACCUAGUCAUCCAUCUUGACACUGAGCGAGAACUCAUGGUGCAAAUAUCAAGUAAACUUGGAAAAUUCAUCCAGUCACGGGAAACGAACGUGCGGUAUCUUGGUCUGGAAGCCAUGGUGCAUUUAGCUGCACGUACAGACACUCUUGACCCAAUCAAGAAGCACCAGCAAAUUAUCAUAGGAUCCUUGCGAGACCGAGACAUUAGUGUCAGAAGGCAAGGCUUGGACCUUUUGUACAGCAUGUGCGACUCGACAAAUGCCCAGCCUAUCGUUUCAGAGCUUUUGAAGUACUUGCAGACCGCGGAUUAUGCCAUCAGGGAGGAGAUGGUCCUCAAGAUCGCAAUUUUGACUGAGAAAUAUGCCACUGAUAUUCAGUGGUACGUUGAUAUUUCGCUACGACUGAUAGCAAUGGCGGGCGAUCACGUCAGUGAUGAAGUCUGGCAGCGAGUGUGCCAGAUCGUCACGAACAAUGAGGAUCUGCAGCCGUAUGCUGCAAAAACGAUCUUUGAUUACAUCAAGAAAGAUCACAUACAUGAGACGUUGGUCAAGAUUGCAGCUUAUAUCCUUGGCGAAUGCUGCUACCACAUCACCGAUAAUCCGGGCUGCAGUCCAAUCGAGCAAUUCAUGGUGCUCCACGCCAAAAUGCAAAAUUGCUCGUUUGGCACACAAGCAAUGAUUUUGUCGUGCUUCUUCAAGUUUGUCAACUUGCUUCCAGAGAUUCGGCCGCAGCUUCUGCAAACGUUCCGGGCAUAUAGUCAUAGCAUGGAUCCGGAACUGCAGCAACGAGCGUGCGAGUACUUGAAUGUCGCGACGAUGCCCUCCCAAGAACUGCUCCAACAUAUAUGCGACGAAAUGCCUCCAUUCCCUGAAAGAGCCUCACCUCUAUUGUCUCGACUACAUUCGAAGCAUGCGAAUACAAGCGACAGGCGGGUAUGGGCGAUCGGAGGCAAAGACGCGAACUCCGACGCCAGGGAAGUUGCUCUGCAGACAUCGGGAGCGAAACGCUCUUUCACCAAUAACGCGCAGUUAGCCAAUGCGACCAACGGCUCCAUGAGCUCUGGCAGCCAUGAUCUCGCGGGCCUCGACAUGAACGGCUCGGCUUCUAAAGCACCCAAUUUCGCUAGUGCCGCCCACCUCAGUGCAGACUGGGAACAUGGCUACUAUCGACUACUCACCCUUGAUGGCGGCGUUUUGUACGAAGAUGCACAGAUCCAGAUUGGACUGCGCUCUGAGUACCGUGGGUCUACAGGUGCAGUUAUUCUCUAUUUCAAAAACAAAUUUGCUUCGCCAAUCAACUCUUUCACGACGGUCAUCGAUAAUCAAUCAUCUGAAGCACUUAAAUCGGACGUAAAAAGUUUGCCCGACACGACGAUUCAUCCAGAUCAGCAAACCCAGCAGACAGUGCUAUUUGAGGCAAAAGCUGCAUUCACCGAUGCCCCUACGAUACGUGUGACAUACAUGGCUGGUGCGCUGCAAGCGCUUACUUUGCAGCUUCCCGUUACGCUGCACAAGUAUAUGUCUGGAGCUGAGCUCUCUGCCGAGGACUUCUUUAAGCGGUGGAAACAGAUCGGUGGAGGAUCGAGAGAAUCACAGAAGAUAUUCGAGGCCAAAGGGGAAAUUAGCCCUUCAUUUACGCGGCACAUGGCUGAAGGAUUUAAUUGGGGAGUCUUGGACGGCGUUGAUCCGAAUAGCAGAAACAUCGUGGGUGCUGGAGUGUUGCGAACGAGCGAGGGAGGAAACUACGGUUGCUUGAUGCGGUUGGAGCCGAAUUAUGACACGAAAAUGUACCGCCUGACGAUUCGAGCGACGGAUGAAGGGGUGCCGCCGGUCUUGAUGAAACUCAUGGAAUCUCGACUAUCCCAAGGCGUGACAGAUCAAUGAUUUGCGAGAUAGCGAGUGUGCGAGAUGGGUGUCUACGUUUGACGAGGCAGUUGGAUUCUCUGUUGGGAUAGCAGUGUCUCGCAUGGCGAUCUGGUAACAUGAUACGGUGAAUAAAAACGGUUUGUGCAUUUCAAAAGAGCAUGGCACGACUGGUGGCGCUUGAUUUCGUCUACGUGUCGGGCGUGGAAGUAGCCUAUUGCUCUUGUGCAUAGUUUUCCUUGCGGUAACAUAAUAUUAAAGUCUACGGUCUUGGACGUUGCAAGAA